UGGGUUGGAAUUCUCUUCUCUUGCUUUUUCAAAAGUCUUUUCAACCGCUAAACCUUGGAGCUGUUGACCCUCAACUAUCCUCUUGUAGACAUUAGAUUGGAAUUCUCGGUUGGGAAUCUGGCAUUAUUCUCUCCAGUUCACAAUUCUCUUGAUUACACUAGCUUCAACUCCCUUUUCUUUCCUCUCGCUUUUUUAUUUUUGCAUCGUCGUUGGUUUUUGCAUCGAACUAUCCCAUGCAGAUGCUGCAAGGUUCUCCCACCAUUCAGAACGAGUUGAGCUUGUCUGCUCCAUUCUUCGCCAUGGGGUUACCAAGUGGUGACCAACAGACCCCACAUAUAUCCCAAUUUGAAUCAACUCCUAGCUUAUCUGAUGAAUCAUCUUUGAGCGUUGCCAUGUCUCACUCGCCUCAAGACACUAUGUAUUCUACCUCCCAGAUCCAAUUUGACUCUUCCUAUCUCGAUCAGGCUAGCGAUGAUGAUGGCUCGCCUGUCACUGUACCCUCGAAAAGAGGUAGCAAGAAUCAUGUUUCGAGUGCUUGCAUAAAUUGUAAGCGAGCCCAUCUUGCUUGUGAUGUUUCACGCCCAUGCAAACGCUGUGUGACGUUGGGUAAACAAGAUUCUUGCCACGAUAUCGCACACAAAAAACGUGGACGACCGAAACUACGAGACAAAGCUUCUAUGAUGCAAAGUCAUUUCUUGGCGAAUGAACGGAAAUAUGAAAUCAUGUAUGAUGCCAUCCAAACACCUGCCUUUGCCACGUCGGCUCAACGAGUCAAUCGACCACAACAAGCUGCGCAACCCCAACAAGCAGGUCGGAUUGCCUUUGUUCAUCAAACGUUAGAAGAAUUUCAUGAACAACAGCAGCAACAGCAGCGAGAGGAGGAGCAGAUUCAUGAGCGAAUCAUUCGAAGGUCAUUCAGUCGAGGAAGCGAAGCGGCUGCAGAUAAGCCGCAGCAUGCCCACCCGAUGCACCAACACUCUGCGUCUCCGGCUCUUCAAGAAGUCUCCGUGCCUAUACAUCCUACUCAACCCCUUAAUGAACAUACCCACUAUUUAUCGCCCAUAGAUUUUAACCCAUCCAACCUGCUGGCAGAAGGACCGGAUUUAAAUGAAGCUUCCAUGUCACCCAUACUGAUCAACGGUGCCAUGGAUAUGCCAUCUCCGGCAAGGGAACACCCACCUGUUUCCAGCGGGGGUCCUCCUCCUCAAGUGACUGUGUUUAUGUCUAUGGAAGUGUGUUGUGCUCGGGCGUCCGAUGAAGUGACCGAGGCAUGGGGAUAUUACCCGCAAGAACUCGCCCAUCGCUCGUUUUACGAUUUUGUCUCCCCCAAAGAUACCGACCGCUUAGCGCAACUUCACCGACUUUUGCUGGACAACAUUCAAAAUGUUGCCGACCAAGCAACCAAUGGGAGCCAAAAGCGACACGCUCGAUUACCGCGUGCCGAACGGACCACGAGUGAUUUAUUUUACGAUACUCUACCUGAACGACUGAUGUAUGUGGCCAAAGGGUCCAAUACGUACUCUGACACGCUUCAUAUCAAGCGACGAGACGGAGACAUGGAAUUGUUCAACUUCAAGGUGUACUUGGGUGGAGGGUUUGGAGCCGACUUAUUUAACCCCGAUACGUACAGUAAACUCUACAUUGUUGCGAUUUUGAGCAAACAUCAAUACGCUGUGCAAGCGUCGUAUGAACCACAGCAACUAGCCUCCACCCGAUCCAACUUUACUGAAACAGGCGCAGAUAGCCCGAUGGCCUGCGAUAGUCCACAGAACGGCGGUCCUUCAUCGAUGGACAUGACGGGUUCCAGUACACCGGAGUUGAAGAACCUAAGUAGUGGUGGCUCCACCCUAGGCAGUAGUGAUCAUGACCGAUUCCAAGUGUUCCGAAAGCCAAGCAUGUCGCUGACGACACCGUUUUCUUCUGGGUUUUCCAAUACGAGUAUGGUAGAGUCCAGGAUCUCUAAAUCACCACCCCGGCUAGGUGGUAUCAAUUAUCUUAAUUCUGCCGCCGUACCCAAUCAAGCCCCUGUGUCACCCAAAAUUAAUAUUGCGCCGACCACCAAUCAACAAGGUCUUUUGAACACUUCGUCCACUCGAUUUUUCCCAAAAACAGGCAAUAGCGGCAAUCCCACUACCAAUGCCUCCACCAGCUUUCGAACCAUGUCCAUGAAUCCCAUCACAAGCGCGCUACCCGAUACAUCUUAUUACUCUCGUCGUUCCGAUCCGUUUGUUAUUACCCCGCCUAAUCGAUUUGCACCCACGCCACUCGGUCGUGCCAGUGCUUCCUAUACACAUCCGACCACCCAGUACUUUUUACAAACCUCCAGCAGUACCCUCAAUGCAGCCGCAUCGGCCGCUCAAACCAAGACUCGAGGCGGUCCUGGCUAUAGUUUUACACCCAUGUCAGGGGCAAGAGGAGCCGAUGACCUUGCUCCUAAUGAUCGAGCCACGGGUAAAACUGAAAGCAAUCCAAAGAUGGAGAUGAGUAUUACUUCGCUGCUGUGUUGAACUGCAUCACCUCCCCAAAACCGUCCUUUCCCCAAGAACAAUCAACCAGUAUAUAGUACCCUGUCUCUUAAUUGUGUGUUUUUGACCGACUCUUUUGUACAAUAAAGCUAAAAUACCGUAACC